GCUUUCCGGAAGUGAUUCCCCGGAAGGCGUGUACGUGCUUCCCGGAUCCGGCCAGGCGCCGCACGCUGAGCGGCCGGCACCAUGCAGUCGGACGAUGUUAUCUGGGAUACACUAGGAAACAGGCAGUUUUGUUCCUUCAAAAUAAGAACCAAGACUCAGGGCUUUUGCCGAAAUGAAUACAGCCUGACUGGACUGUGCAACCGGUCAUCCUGCCCCCUGGCAAACAGUCAGUAUGCCACCAUCAAAGAAGAGAAAGGACAGUGCUACUUGUAUAUGAAGGUGAUAGAACGAGCAGCUUUUCCAAGGCGUAUGUGGGAACGGGUUCGGCUCAGUAAGAACUAUGAGAAAGCACUGGAGCAAAUAGAUGAAAAUCUAAUCUACUGGCCCCGUUUCAUUCGACACAAAUGUAAGCAGAGAUUCACCAAGAUAACCCAGUACCUAAUUCGAAUUAGAAAACUUACACUAAAACGACAGAGGAAACUUGUACCUUUGAGUAAGAAGGUGGAACGUAGGGAGAAAAGAAGAGAGGAAAAGGCAUUAAUAGCUGCUCAGUUGGACAAUGCCAUUGAAAAAGAAUUACUGGAAAGACUGAAACAAGAUACGUACGGCGACAUCUACAACUUCCCCAUUCAUGCCUUCGACAAAGCCCUAGAACAACAGGAGGCAGAGAGCGACUCUUCAGAUGAGGAGAAAGAUGAUGAAGAUGAUGAUGACGACGAUGUGGGAAAAAGAGAAUUUGUGGAAGAUGAGGAGGUAGAUGAGAGUGACAUAAGUGACUUUGAGGAUAUGGACAAAUUGGAUGCCAGCAGUGAUGAAGACCAGGAUGGUAAAUCCUCCAGUGAAGAGGAAGAAAAGUCCUUUAAUGCGAAACACAAAGGCAAAACACCCUUGAAAGGACCUCUGCGGAGAAAACGAGCCUAUGUAGAGAUAGAGUAUGAGCAGGAAACAGAGCCUACGGCCAAGGCCAAAACCACCUGAAGUCCCGUAGGCAGUUGGGAAACAGGACUGACAGGACUGAACGUGCUGAACUUUUAUCUUAAACACACUUCCAGUUUUUGUUCUUUCAUAUUGUAUAUAACACAAUAUUUGUGUUUUUAAUAUUUAUGCCACUUAAGUGGGCAAGACAUCUGUAGUCAGUGGAAGAAUGCCUUAAUUUGGGAACAGAGUAUUUUUAUAGCACAUGUGUUGAAUAACAGUUCAAGCCCACAAAGCUUAAAAAGAUCAGUUCUUGAAGCUGGGAUGAGACUGAGUGUAAAUAGUUCGAGAUGUUCAAUGCUGAAUUCCUUAGUGUCAUUUUUCCUACCAAAGCAGGACUUCCAUUUUCUCUUGUUCUCUUCCCCAGUCCUCUGGGGGUACAAGGAAACAAAAAAGGAAGAAGAGCCUCUGACUUACAACGUUUAGUGUAAGAGACUCCACUUGUGCCACAUGAGAUAGGAAGAAAAUCCUUUCCUCUUGAGGAACAUCUCAAGUUCCAUCGUAGUGAGCACCUUCGGGAGCCUGCUGCACUUUCCUGAGGCAGUUUACCACCCUGCUGUCUUCACAGCUUUGGAGAAUUUUGGCCAGGAGAUCCUGAAACAAGAAACCGAACAGGCUUUGACUUGUUCUCCCACUCCAACCCCUUUCACCUGGAGUUCUUGGCUCUUAACACUCAAGAAGGAAAGUGUAGAUGAUACCAAGUCAACAGGUGUUACUUUAAAAAUUGUUAACAUGCUUGUAAACGUCCUGCUCACUCAUAAAGCUGUUUCACGCCAGCCAAGGCAAAUUAAAUUGGAUAUAAAGCUUAACUGUCUAAGACUUAAAGAACCAGGAUGAAAUCUGAUAAACAGCAAACCCUGUACUAGCUCCAAAUAUCUGUAGUCAUGAUGCCUUCGGUCUUUGAACUGAAUUAGUUCUCACAGCGCACCCCUUGGGAUGCUUCAAGGCCCGGCUCCACCCUAGUCCAGCUUCCUGCUGAUGGGCACUUUAGGAGCUCCUGGCUUCAGCCUGGCCCAGCACUGGCUGUUGCAGGCAUUUGUUAUUACUCCUUGGUGGCUUAUAGGUUAUUAUUUCUCCAUUUUAAAUUCAGAAGAAUGUAAAAAAAAAUACAGAAUGUAUUUUUACCACCUCUUCAUCAUGAUGCUUUUGCCCAUUAUCUCUUAUCUUAACUGCAGUGACAUCUGCUGAUCCUCUUUUUGUCUGAAUGGUUCUGAAUAACUUUAAAAAAUAAAGUAUUUUGUCAAAGUCUGCUGAGGGCUAGAGGGCACAAAGGUAGAGACCUAAAACCCUCUUGUGUUCAUUUCCUGACUUGGUCAGGCUCAUGAACAAUAAACCACAGUACAUCACAGGAAUUACCUAAUGGGGCCCAACCAAAACCAAGCUGUAGCCUCUGUCUUACCUUCACCUGUCCUUGAGAGCAGUGGUCCAGGGUAAUCAGGCAGUCUGUGGCCUCCUGCAGUAAGGCAUUCUUAACAGGUUCAGGUGUAAGGGUUGGGUCCCUUGCUACAUCGCAUAUGAGUUUCAAGAGAGCCUUCAGAAAGACCACAAGUCUGCACGGAAUUCUGGAAUCAAGAAAAACAGAGCUAGAAACCAAAUGAGAGCAGACUCCAGAUUUCUUAAUGUCAUUUCCACAGCUCGCUGGCUGUAUACUGGCCUCCCUAGCAAUACCCUUCCUUCCAGAAGCUCAGUUCUCCUAUAAGGAAACAGCCACCUCAUCAACUGAAAAGGGGAUCCAAAUCCCUCCUUACUAAAGAAAAUUAGAAAUAAUGUGAGGGAAAGGUUAGUGUUGUGGCUUAGUGGAUAAAGCCAGAACAUGGUGUUGGCAUCCCAUAUGGCCAUCAUUUCAUGUCUCAGCUACUUCACUUCCAAUCCAGCUUCCUGUUAAUGGCCUGGGAAAAGCAGCAGCAGCAGAUGGCCCAAGUGCUUGGGCCCCUUCCACCCAUGUGGGAGACUCGGGUGAAGUUUUUGGCUCCUGGCUUUGGCCUGGCCCAGUGCAGGCUGUUAGGGCCAUCUAGGGAGUGAACCAGCAAAAGGAAUGUAUCCCUUGGUAACUUUUUUUUUUUGACAGGCAGUUAGACAGUGAGAGAGACAGACAGAAAGGUCUUCCUUCCGUAGGUUCACCCCCCAAAUGGCCACUGCGGCCGACAUGCUGCACCGAUCUGAAGCCAGGAGCCAGGUGCUUCCUCCUGGUCUUCCAUGCAGGUGCAGGGCCCAGGGACUUGGGCCAUCCUCCACGGCCUUCCUGGGCCACAGCUGGAAGCUGGACUGGAAGAGGAGCAACUGGGACAGAACCAGCGCCCCAAUACAGAGUAGAACCCGGAGUGCUGGUGCCGCAGGCGGAGGAUUAGCCUAGUGAGCCACGGUGCUGGCCAUCCCUCGGUAACUCUUUCAAAAUAAAUAAUGCAAGGGAGAUAAGCUUGGCUUCUGUGACUGGGAAAUUAUUCAUUUCAGAUCCUACUUUACCGUCAGUCCAGCUUAUUUCUAAUUACUUACUAUUUUAAAGGUUUUCAUUGCCUUGAAAGAAGAGUUCUGGAAAUGGAUAGUGACGAUGGUUGUGUAACAUCAUGACUUGUACACUUGAAAAUACCAAGUUUUACACAGUUUUUUACUGCAAUAAAAAACUUAAAGCUGGAA